AAUCGCCAUGCUGGACUUGUUGUUUAAGCUUUUUAGAGGACGCCACCAUCGCCGCCCUCCGAAGGCAUUGUGGGAACGCUGGGGCUGCUGGGCGUCGCGUAGCAACGCGCGGUUUGUUUGUACACAAAAACAUGUUACUCGGCGGCGAAAGUAUGCUAAAUCGUCUGUAACAGCCCCAACUCGUUUCACGGGGGCAAGUAUGGGUUUCUUCGAUAAGCUGAUCCAUUUCCUCGGUUUCAAAAAGAAGCAGGCCAGCGUGUUGGUCGUGGGGCUCGACAACAGUGGCAAAACCACAGUGGUGAACCACUUCAAGCCCGACGACCAAAAAGCGAUGGACAUCGUGCCGACGGUCGGGUUCAACGUGGACUCGUUCAAGCUUAAGCACCUCGCACUCACGGCUUUUGACAUGUCUGGCCAGGGGAGGUACCGGAACCUAUGGGAGCACUAUUACAAGGACGCCGACGGCGUGAUUUUCGUAGUGGACAGCACGGACGCGCUGCGGAUGGUCGUGGCCAAGGACGAACUGGACAUGAUGCUGAAGCACAAGGAUUUCAAGGACCGGCCCGUGCCGAUCCUGUUUUUCUCGAACAAGAUGGAUCUCCGAGAAGCCAUGUCGAGCGUCAAAGUGAGUCAGUCUCUGGGACUGGACGUUCUCAAGACGAAGCCGUGGCAUAUCUGCGCCAGCAACGCCGUGACGGGAGAGGGGCUUCAGGAAGGCCUGGAGUGGCUCAGUGACCAGAUACAAGCUAUGAUGCAGAAGAAACGGUAACCACUAUGAUGCAGAAGAAACGGUAGCCACUAGGCGAGGUGAAGGGUGAACGAGGACUGACGAUGAAUGUUGUUAGGGCAAAGAGCUAAAAAGAAAAUACUAAGU